CACCGUCUGGGAGUGACGUCACGGUCCGGGCGGGGCCAACAUUCCUGCUGCUGUCUACUUUUGUCUCUACGUGGAGGAGAGGCAGGACUGGACGCUGUCUGGAGUUUCAGGCGCAUCGACCUCCCACCUUUCUCUGACUGACCACCUUGGGUCAAUCACAGAAACCAUGACUGGAAAAAUAACAAAGGAGGAGAUGGAGGAGAUGAGGGAGACCUUCAGGAAAAUUGAUCUGGACGACAAUGGAUAUAUCUGUGAUUAUGAACUCCAUGAGCUCCUCAAAGAUGCCGGCCAUGCCCUACCUGGAUACAUGGUCCGAGAGAUCAUCCAGAAACUCGAUCGCAACAGUGAUAACAAGAUCAGCUUCGAGGAGUUUCUGUCGAUCGUCCAAGAACUGAAGGGCAGUGAAAUAGCAAAAACGUUCCGCAAGGUCAUCAACAGAAAAGAAGGCAUCCUGGCUAUCGGAGGGACGUCUGUGCUGUCAAGCGAAGGCACACAACACUCGUUCUCUGAGGAGGAGCGGUUUGCCUUUGUGAACUGGAUCAACACGGCUCUGGAAAAUGACCCCGACUGCCAACACGUCCUGCCCAUGGAUCCCAACACAGACUCCCUCUUCACGUGUGUUGGAGACGGUAUCGUACUCUGCAAAAUGAUUAACCUGUCCGUGCCAGACACCAUCGAUGAGAGGACCAUAAAUAAGAAGAAGCUGACACCGUUUACGAUUCAGGAGAAUCUGAACCUGGGCCUUAACUCGGCUUCUGCCAUUGGCUGCCACGUGGUGAACAUCGGUGCUUUGGACCUGAGAGAGGGGAAGCCUCAUCUGGUGCUGGGCCUGCUGUGGCAGAUCAUCAAGAUCGGUCUGUUCGCUGACAUCGAGCUCAGCAGGAAUGAAGCGCUGGCAGCAUUGCUAAGAGACGGGGAAACCCUGGAGGACCUGAUGAAGCUUUCUCCAGAAGAGCUGCUGUUGCGCUGGGCUAACUUCCAUCUGGAAAAUGCUGGCUGGCAGAAGAUCAACAACUUCAGCUCUGACAUCAAGGAUUCAAAGGCGUACUUCCACCUCCUGAAUCAAAUCUCUCCAAAAGGCACAGAGGAAGACGAGCCGCGCAUAGACAUCAGCAUGGCCGGCUUCAGCGAGAAAGACGACCUGAAGAGGGCAGAGGCCAUGCUGCAGCAGGCCGACCGGCUCGGCUGUCGACAGUUUGUCACCCCAACUGACGUCAUCAGCGGAAACCCCAAACUCAACCUCGCCUUUGUUGCCAAUCUGUUCAACAAAUAUCCAGCGCUGACCAAACCUGAGAACGAGGACAUCAACUGGGGACUGUUGGAGGGUGAGACACGAGAAGAGCGGACGUUCAGAAACUGGAUGAACUCUCUCGGGGUGAACCCACAUGUCAAUCACCUGUAUGGAGACCUGCAAGACGCUAUGGUCAUCCUUCAGCUCUAUGAGAAGAUUAAGGUUCCUGUAGACUGGAACAACAAGGUCAACAGGCCGCCUUACCCCAAACUGGGAACCAACAUGAAAAAGUUGGAGAAUUGUAAUUACGCGGUGGAGCUGGGCAAAACAGCCAAGUUCUCCCUCGUUGGCAUCGGCGGGCAGGACCUGAACGAUGGCAACGCUACCCUGACCCUGGCACUGGUGUGGCAGCUGAUGAGAAGAUACACGUUGAAUGUACUGGAGGGACUGGGAGAUGGGCAGAAAGUAAACGAUGACAUCAUCGUGAAGUGGGUGAACAACACGUUGGCGGAAGCUGGAAAAUCAACCAAGAUUUCAAGCUUUAAGGAUAAGGAGAUCAGCAGCAGUUUGGCAGUCGUGGAGCUGAUAGACGCCAUCCAGCCCGGCAGCAUCAACUACGAUCUUUUAAAAACUGGCAGCCUCUCUGAGGAGGACAAACUCGAGAACGCCAAAUACGCUGUGUCUAUGGCGAGGAAGAUCGGCGCCCGGGUCUACGCUCUCCCAGAAGACCUUGUGGAGGUCAAGCCCAAAAUGGUGAUGACAGUCUUUGCCUGCUUGAUGGGUCGGGGGAUGAAGCGUGCCUAAGAGACUGGCUGGAAUCAUUGUGACACUUGCCUAAACCCAAAAGCCAUUUUGAAGAGCUCCCGCCCCCCCAGCUGAAGGAAUGACGUUUUUUUUAUUGAAAAACAUGAAGACAAAAUCAGAAAUUGGCCUGGCUCCCUGCCUCUUAUUGAGGUGUUUACUGAAGAAUAUUUUCCUCUUAUUUAAAGUGAAUCCAAAAAUACUAAAAGAGACGGCUGUCUUGUUACAGAGGACACCUUGUACUUCCAACAUUCAGAACUCUUAAGUAAGAAUGCUGUUUUUGAAAAGCGAGUAUUCAUAUUUCCAGCUGCAAGGUUGUUUACAUAUUUUUACUCUGUCUGAUAGGUAAAUGAUAUCCCGAUCAAGCAACACACAUUCCUUUUGAACCAUACUUGGGAAAUCAAGAUGUUUAGGUGGAAAACUCAUAGAAAAAAACACCCAAACUUUGCCUCUCCCUGAACGAAGCAUGUCUUAAUAACUGGCACCAUAAACCACAUAUCUGUAUGCAGAAGCCAUACGGGCAAUUUAUAGUCUUGACCAGCCUGGCUCGCUGUCUGUAUUCUUGUACUCGUCAUUUGUUUGUUUCUUGGGAUUAUUACUCGAAGUAAAUGCUGUGUUUUGGGGCGUCUGGUCGGUGUUGUGUUGGACUCUUUGAUUGGUGGUCCUCGGUGUGUUAGGUUGGAUGAGGAGCAGGCGACUGGACUCUCCUGGCUUCUGCUGUGCCUUUCUUCGUUUCUCAAAGACGAUUUGUACUCCUUCGCUUUCAGGUUUUCCCCUUUUCGCUUUUGUACUCAACAUUACCAAAUAUAAAGAGUAACUUCAUUCCAGGUCGUUUCAUCGCAUUCUAUGACGACGGCCAAACUGUAUUUGGUCUCACGUUGAUGUCUACUCUUAAAGUGCUUUACAUGUAACAAUAAAUAUGAAUCUGAA